AUGCAGAUAUUCUCAUUAUGGGCUGUGAGCCCCAGAAAACAUGGGGGCUUGAGUUAUUCAACUGAUGAUGUUGGAGAAGUUCUUGCCAUUUCAGGUACACUUGUCAAUAGUAUUGAACUGUUUAUCUAUUAUUUGUAUGAUAUCAAUUUCUUCACAUUUUGGUUCAGCAAGUUUAUUACAGAAGUUACCACUUUCUGUUUUAAUGGGAUUUGGGCUUUUGGUUUAUCAACUUUCACUAUAUCCAGCUUUGGAGAAGAUCUGUGGUGCUGUUAUGUUAGCCCGCAUUGGAGGAGUAAGCAAUCAAUCCUUGUGGUGACCAUACCUCUAUUAACAUGCUACCCCUUUUUGUCCAUGAUAUAUGGUCUCCCCCUCUCAAUUUUGUUAAAUUGUGCAUCUGUGAUAAAGAAUGUUUUAUCAGUGACCAUUAUUACUGGUAUGUUCCUAUUGCAAAACAAAGCAGUGGACCAAGACCAAAGAGGAGCUGCAAAUGGCCUAGCUAUGACUGCAAUGUCACUUUUCAAAGCUGUGGGCCCAGCUGGUGGAGGAGCAAUGUGA